AUGCCUACACGGUUGACCAAGACUCGCAAGCACCGUGGCCACGUCUCGGCCGGCCAUGGACGUGUAGGCAAGCACCGAAAACACCCUGGAGGUCGUGGUCUCGCUGGUGGCCAGCACCACCACCGUACCAACUUCGAUAAGUACCACCCUGGUUACUUCGGUAAGGUCGGUAUGCGCCACUUCCACUUGACACGCAACAUGCAUUGGUGUCCCAUCAUCAACGUCGACAAGCUCUGGACACUUGUCCCUGCAGAAGAGAAAGAGGGCUUGACGGAAGACUCAGAGGUUGUACCAGUAAUUGACACCCUCCGUCAUGGUUACGGCAAGGUUUUGGGCAACGGACAACUGCCCAAGCUCCCUGUUAUCGUGAAAGCGCGAUUUGUGUCGAAGAAAGCAGAAGCAAAAAUCAAGGAGGCGGGUGGUGUUGUGAAGCUUAUUGCGUGA